AUGACUUCUUGCACACGCUUCGUGGGAGCAGCCGGUGCAUUAGCAAAGGCCGGCAACAGCCUGUGCUUAGCGAGCCGGCCCUACAGCUCCCUCGCAUUACGGGAUUACCAGCACGAAUGCAUUGAUAGAUGCCUGGAGUCCAUAAGCCAAGGGCGGCGGAGAAUUGGGGUCUCGCUUGCUACAGGCGGUGGUAAAACUGUCAUUUUCUCCAACUUGAUUGACCGGCUACGGAGAGAGUCUGGAAAGAGCGGCUACAGGACUCUAAUUUUGGUACAUCGGCGGGAACUGGCCCAACAAGCCUGUCGAGUACUGCAGGCAUUCUUCCCGGGGCUGAAUUUCCAGAUUGAGAUGGGCAAUUAUAAGUGUGAUAUAAACAGCGCAGAUGUGGUAGUAGCGUCUGUGCAGUCUCUUAUCCGGCGUCUAGAGCGCUAUGAUCCUAGUUGCAUCGAUCUCAUCAUCAUUGAUGAAGCUCACCACGCUGCUGCAAAGUCAUAUUUGCGGAUCCUCGAGCACUUCAAAGCCAACCACAAGGACAGCAUUCUGCCUGUUGUUGGAUUCAGCGCGACUUUCGAAAGAGCCGAUAAUAAAGCGCUAUCGGCGGUGAUAGACGAAAUAGUCUACCAUCGUGGAAUUUUGGAGAUGAUUGACGACAAGUGGCUUUGUGAGGGCCGUUUCACUACUGUCAGCGUCAGCUUGGAUCUUUCAGACGUCGCGGUCACAGGAUCGGACUUUAAUAUCGAUGGGCUGUCUAAAGUUGUCAACACCAAGGAAGUUAACAAGGUUGUGCUCCAAACCUACUUGCAGAAACGGGAUUUGCACAAACUCAGGUCCACGCUUUUAUUUGGAUGCGACAUUAAGCAUAUCGAAACCUUGCACUCCUUGUUUGUGAAGCAUGGAGUAAAUGCCCAGUAUGUCACUGGUAAAACAAGGCAAAGUGAAAGAGAUGCAAUAGUUGAAGAUUUCAAGCGUGGCAGGAUUGAGGUUCUGAUGAAUUGCGGAGUCUUUACAGAAGGGACUGACAUACCCAACGUCGACAGCAUUCUACUUUGCAGGCCGACCAAGUCUCGGUCUCUUCUCGUGCAAAUGAUCGGGCGCGGACUCCGCUUACACCAUUCAAAGAAGCAUUGUCAUAUAAUUGAUUUUGUCGGCGCGUCGACCGUCGGUGUUGUGUCAUUUCCGACCCUUGCUGGUGUCGAAGCAGUGAGUACUGGCCUUGACGAGGCGACGCUGCAAGACCUAAAGGCAAUAAAAGACGAAAUUGUGGCUAAGCAGUUGGAGGCUGAGAGAAAGGUUCUUGCCGAAAAAGAGGCGGAAAGUCUUCUCAAGCGUCAGUUUCGUGACCUGAUGAAAAGCGCCAAUGCUUUCGACCUAACCUUAACUACCUACAAGGACUUUAAAUCAUUUUAUCAACAGAUGGCGGCUACCAAUGGCUCACAAGAACAAGACUGGGGCUCGGAAAAGGGAAAAGAAAUCAGGCUUUUUCGAGACUCUUCGUACCCAUGGGUCCAGUUUGCUAAAGAUGCAUGGGGAAUGCCUCUCGAUGCCGGCCACCAUCUUAGAAUUUACAGAGAAAGUCGCGAGGCCUCCAGGCCAUCUACGUAUGUGCUGAAACUCUACAAGGAACUUCCAUACAAAGUUCGAAGUGAGCUUGGCAUACGGUACAAACCGCUUACUGUCAAGAGUUCUACCGAUCUUUCGGCGGUCGUUGCGUCAGUCGAGAACAUAGUACAAGAACUUACAGAAGGAACAUCGCCGCGCCCCAAGAACUUCACAAAAUACGCUUCAUGGCGACAUACUCCUGCAACUCCAAAACAAACAGCAUUACUCAAAAGCAAAAUAUUGGGCCAUAUUUCGAAGUCAGGCUCGAAGAGCGAGCAACUGCAGGCGACAGAUAUUGACAAGUUCCUAGGCAGUGUGACUAAAGGCGACGUAUCCAACGUUCUGUUUGCUACGAGCCUGGCACCUGUCUAUCCUAUCAAGUCCUUGUGCAAAAUUAUUUCCUUAAGGACGAAAAGCUAA